UCCCUCCCAGGCUGAAGCUUCCCUUCCUCAUCUUCUCUCCCCCUCCCACUUCCCCACCCUCUCCUGACCACCCAAUCACAGCAGACAUCGGAGCUGAACUCCCAAAGUCCAUUCUCUCUGCCCCCAAGGCAGACACAGCUGGAGCCUGAACGGCCACUGACUUUGUCCUCAGUGGGGACUCAGCGAAGGUUGGGGGUGUCUCUCCAGGAAAGCUGCUGCUCUUCCUUGUCCUCCUACUUUAUGGCCUCAAGAACUUAGAGCCAUUGUGCCUCAGGAUCCUUCAACCUUGCCCAAUUUCCAGGCAUGAUGGAGAAAGAGAAGGACGUUGGUAUGGACAAGAGAAAAAACACUGACUCCCGAUCGAGAAGUGAGAAACAAGAAGACUACCAUUCUGUCUACAUUGGGGUGCCUGUCCACAGCAACUACCGGAGAAAAAUCCUCAAAAAGCGAGCCCUCUCUGGCCAGGAAAAAGCCAAGCACUUCAGGAGACCCUUCGAGCACCCCCCAAGGCGGCCAAACCCGGAGGAGGCCAGGGCAGUCUCCCAAGACACAAGCACGGAUGAGAUCAGCAAAACCAGAUCCCCAGCUGCUGAGCGGCUCCGUUACAUCCUGGGGGAGGAAGAUGGUGUUCCCACACCAACCCUUUUCACUGAGAUGGACACCUUACAACAUGACGGUGAUGAGAUGGAGUGGAAAGAGUCAGCCAGGUGGGUAAAGUUUGAAGAGAAGGUUGAAGAAGGAGGGGAGAGAUGGAGUAAACCCCAUGUGUCAACACUGUCCCUGCAUAGCCUGUUUGAACUCCGAACCUGCCUCCAGACUGGAACCGUGCUCCUGGACUUAGAUGGCUGCUCCUUACCACAGAUCAUAGAUGAUGUUGUCGAGAAGCAGAUUGAAGACGGUCUCCUCAAGCCAGAGCUGAGAGAAAGAGUCUGUUACGUCCUCUUGAGAAAGCAUCGGCACCAGACCAAGAAGCCCAUUCACCGCUCAUUGGCAGACAUUGGGAAAUCUGUUUCAUCCACCUCUAACCGAAGCCCCGCUCGGAGCCCUGCAGCUGGCCCCAACUUACACCGCUCUACUGAGGACCUGCGGACCAGGCUGAGCGCCAACUACGGAAGGCUGCGCCAUGCCCAGAGCCGGAGCAUGAAUGACAUUUCAGACACCCCAAACCCAAAUCAGUUGAAAAACAAAUUCAUGAAGAAGAUUCCCAAGGACUCCGAAGCUUCCAAUGUGUUGGUGGGAGAGGUCGACUUCUUGGACCAGCCUUUUGUUGCUUUUGUCCGUCUCAUCCAGUCUGCCAUGCUGGGCGGUGUGACUGAGGUGCCCGUUCCCACCAGAUUCCUGUUCAUCCUACUGGGCCCUUAUGGAAAAGCCAAGUCCUACAAUGAAAUUGGUCGGGCCAUUGCUACCCUCAUGGUCGAUGACCUCUUUAGUGACGUGGCCUACAAAGCCCGAAACCGAGAUGAUCUGAUCGCCGGCAUCGAUGAGUUCCUCGACGAGGUGAUCGUCCUUCCUCCUGGAGAAUGGGACCCCAAUAUCAGGAUUGAGCCCCCCAAAAAAGUGCCCUCUGCAGACAAGAGGAAGUCCGUGUUCUCUCUGAACGAGCUGGGCCAGAUGAACGGUUCCGUGGGAGGUGGAGCUGGGGCUGGAGCCGGAGGAGGCGGUGGUGGAGGCAGGGGCAGGGCAGGCAGCGGGGGCGAGGAUGGAGAGAUGCCUGCUGUGCACGAAAUCGGAGAAGAGCUCGUCUGGACUGGAAGGUUUUUUGGGGGGCUGCGCUUGGAUAUUAAGAGGAAGCUGCCGUGGUUUGCGAGCGACUUCUACGAAGGCUUCCACAUCCAGUCCAUCUCCGCCAUCCUUUUCAUCUACCUCGGCUGCAUCACCAACGCCAUCACCUUCGGGGGCCUCCUGGGGGAUGCCACAGACAACUACCAGGGGGUGAUGGAAAGCUUUCUGGGCACCGCCAUGGCCGGCUCCCUGUUCUGUCUCUUUGCCGGACAACCGCUCAUCAUCCUCAGCAGCACCGGGCCCAUCCUGAUCUUCGAGAAGCUCCUGUUCGACUUCAGCAAGGGGAAUGGGCUCGACUACAUGGAGUUCCGGCUGUGGAUCGGGCUGCACUCGGCGCUGCAGUGCCUGGUGCUGGUGGCCACCGACGCCAGCUUCAUCAUCAAGUACAUCACACGCUUCACGGAGGAAGGCUUCUCCACGCUCAUCAGCUUCAUCUUCAUCUACGAUGCCCUCAAGAAGAUGCUCAGCGCCUUCAAGUACUACCCCGUCCACACGACGUUCCAGCCUGACCUGGUCACCACCUACAAGUGCGAGUGUGUCGCCCCCGAGCCAGCUAAUACAACGUUCAAUGCUUCAGCUCUACCAGCACCAAACAACACUAACAUCUCUCUGGACAACCCCCUUAACUUGACAGCUCUGGACUGGUCCCAGCUGAGCAAGAAGGAGUGCCUGAGAUAUGGAGGGAGCCUGCUGGGGAACUCCUGUCAGUUCGUCCCAGACUUGGCACUCAUGUCCUUCAUCCUCUUUUUCGGGACGUACUCCAUGACCCUGACUCUGAAGAAGUUCAAGUUCAGCCGCUAUUUCCCUACCAAGCUUCGGAAGCUCAUUAGCGACUUCUCCAUCUUCGUGUCCAUUCUGGCCUUCGUGGCUCUCGACAGUUUCUUUGGACUCAACACGCCCAAGCUUCAAGUGCCCACCGUGUUUAAGCCCACACGGGCAGACCGAGGCUGGUUCGUGUUCCCCUUCGGGAAGAACCCCUGGUGGAUCUACCCUGCGAGCGCUCUGCCGGCCCUUCUCGUGACCAUUCUUAUCUUCAUGGACCAGCAGAUCACGGCGGUCAUCGUGAACCGCAAGGAGAACAAGCUGAGGAAGGCCGCAGGCUACCACCUGGACCUGUUCUGGGUGGGCGUCCUCAUGGCCGUGUGCUCCUUCAUGGGCCUGCCCUGGUAUGUGGCCGCCACCGUCAUUUCCAUCGCCCACAUCGACAGCCUCAAGAUGGAGACGGAGACCAGCGCACCCGGGGAGCAGCCGCAGUUCCUGGGGGUGAGGGAGCAGAGAGUGACGGGCAUCAUCGUCUUCAUCCUGACGGGGAUCUCUGUCUUCCUGGCUCCCAUCCUGAAGUACAUCCCAAUGCCUGUGCUCUAUGGAGUCUUCCUCUACAUGGGUGUCGCCUCCCUGAAUGGGAUCCAGUUCUGGGAGCGCUGCAAGCUCUUCCUGAUGCCCGCCAAGCACCAGCCCGACUACGUGUUCCUGCGCCACGUGCCCCUCCGCCGGAUCCACCUCUUCACCCUGGUGCAGGUCCUCUGCCUGGCUGUCCUCUGGAUCCUCAAGUCCACCGUGGCCGCCAUCAUCUUCCCUGUGAUGAUUCUGGGCCUCAUCAUUGUUCGGAAGCUCUUGGACCUGGUCUUCUCCCAGCAUGACCUGGCCUGGAUUGACAACAUCAUCCCUGAGAAGGAGAAGAAGAAGGAGGAUGACAAGAAGAAGAAGAGGAAAGGAUCCCUGGGCCACAGCAGUGGCGAGGAGGAAAAAGAGCUUCCAGCUGGAGUUAUUCCCUCUGAUCCAUUCCUCAGUGAUUCCGAUGAUGAUGAAGAUCGAAGCAUCACUUUACACUUGAAGAUUUCCUGCCCACCUUCGCCUGCCUUCAACUACUCCCGGAGCCUCGGAUUUCCAAUGCCACAAGUGAAGAUAGAAAUGGAGUCGGACUAUGAGCACGGGGAUGGGGCCCGGCAGCCCAGAGAGGUUGGCAGUGAAACCACGCUGUAGCUUCUGGCCCUCCAGCCUUUCUGUCCUCCAGCUCCCCAUCCCCAGAAUGCACUGGCCAGCUGAGGAAGGACACACACCCCACGUCAGGCGCCUACAGAGCCCUCGGGAGUCAUCCAUGCUCCAGGCCUUCUGGAGAGGCUGAGCACUUCCCUUCAUUUGCCACCUUCCCAUCAGUCGAGCCCCAACUUCCUCGCCCCCCCCCCAUGGAUUUCCCUCCCCAAGCAGUGCAGGAAAGACAAGCCGUUGGUCCUGGUGUCUACCCUGCUCUGCCAGCUUGGAGUCCCAAAGGGGUCGUCUGGGCCAGGAAGGGCUGGUCUUCCCCAUCUCCAUUCCCCAAGUGAUGGAGAUGAAGACGCUGCUAGGCACCCUUUUCAGGAGGGCUAUUCUAGAGCAGACCCUCCCGGGCCCAGCUGCUGUCUUUGGGACAGAAUCCUGGUUCCGCUCCCCACUGGAGACCUGUUGAAGUCCUCUGUGGGGACUCAUGAAAAGGGGCAAAGAGGCAGGCACCCCACCUCACUGGCCCCCACCACAUCCGGGCUGGGCCCUGGGCCUUCUCCCCUCGCUCGCCUCUUCUUAGGGCGACCUCGAAGAAGGAGACCGCGAGAGCCCGGGCCCUCCCUUCUGUUCAGUGGAAAGCGCUAAGAACUGUCCAAAAUGGUGGCAGCCCUGAAUUUAGCUCUCCCUUCUCAAAGACCUGGGGGGAGGGGUCCUCCUUGACCCGGCAUCCCCAACCCCUACGGUCCCAGCUGUGGAAGUCAUCCCCAUGCCCGGAGGGCCCCUUUCUUGGGCUCUUCUUGGGGCUCCAGCCGUCUGAGCCUGCCUGGACUUCAGACGUCAAGCUUGCUGCAACUCGACGCCAUCCGUCCCCACCCAAUAGGCAGCUGAGGGAAAGCCAGAGGCCGCCCCUUCUAGGUCCGGUUCCAGCCCUGGGGCUCCUCGACAAGUGACCGGGCUCCAGGCACUCUUCAAGCCUCCGCUCUGGGGAGGGACACGCAGUGAGGACACCAAGAGUCCCCCGGGAAAGCUCCGUCUGCAGAAUGGACCCGGGCCCCCCCCCCCCAUCCCUGGGCGCGGCAGUCGUCGUCACCCCACCCCCACCGCCAUGCCCAGGGGUAGGGAGCCGGGAUUCGGACCCUGAGAGUGGAGGAAGGUCGGUCCCCAGGGGCGGAGCCAUGACCUCCCCCUCCCUCUCCCCUCCCCCUCAAGAGGGCAGAAAGCCGAGGCUCCUGGGAGAAGAGGCCAUCCUCCAUCCUCCAUCCUCAUCUCAGCUCUCAGCCUCAGCGUGGCGAGGCUCCCCUCCCCCCUGCCCGGAUGGGGAAGCGGGUUUUGCUCCGGCCCAAGCGUCAGAGGCGGGAUUCGACCCCCAACUCCAAGGCCGACCCUCCUCCCGCUUACGGUUCAGCGGCGCGGCGGGGCGCGUGGGAAGGCCAAAGAGCCGGCAUGUGUGAACUGCUAGUUUUAGGGCUCGCUGCUGUUGCCAAUCAAAAACCAACCCAAAAAGAACCUUUUACACAAA